AUGUCGGAGGCAUCACCCGAUCCGCCUGCGCACCUAGAACCUCCCACCAAGACCACGGAGCUGGAGGACCCAGGAGCUGAGGAUCUUGCUUCCAGCAGCGAUGACGAACACUUUUCAGAUGCCAGUGAAGGCCAUACACAAAUAAAAUCAAGCCCACAAUCUGGCAACACUUCCCCUGUCCCGACCACACGAGUCGAGCGGGUAGACGAUAGUGCCCAGCAUGGCGAAGUUCCCGGUACCGAAGCAUACGAAAAGCGAGCGCAAGAUGCCGCCCCCGACGAAAUUGAGGUUAUCCCAGAAGAUACACAGAGUGAGGACCAAGUUGCGUCGGGGUCGCAAGACCAACCUAUAACCCCGGAAGCUUCACCCAUCCCACAAACAGUAGUGGAAAAGGUGGACCCUGAGGAGCCAAGCUAUGGCGAGGUUCCAGGAACUGAAGCGCAUGCAAAGCGCCUGGCCGAUGCAGUGCCUGAUAUGGUGACUAAAGCAUCGGACUCUGGGAGCAAUGAAACUCCUUCGCUGGAUGAUGCUCCCCUAGACAGUGAUCCCACAGCUGGUCCAAUUCCUGAAACACGGGUUUCCAAAGUGGACACAAUGCCCCUAGAUGAAGAAUCGCCAUCAGGGCCCACGGCUCACCAGUCAUCACGCAGUGAUGCAGAGCCCGACUCAGUGGAAAUAAUCCCAGACGCGCCAGAACCUACGUUACAAGACGGUACCGCAGAUGACGCCGCAGAUGGCGCCGAAGAAGAAACCAUAGAAGCAGAUGCCGGAGACGAUUUCGGAGACGACUUUGACGAAUUUGUUGAUGAGGCAGAAGGCAUGGAUGACGAAGAUUUUGGAGAUUUCGACGAUGGCUUCCAAGAACCCAUGGCUGAAAAUGGUACAACCACCCCUCCACAGCCUCCCGCGCCAUCAGUUCCCCCCCUCACAGACUUCGACGUCUUUAAAUCCACAUCCGAACUACUCGCAUCCCUUCAAGGAACUCUCGACAAUCUCCUCCCCGCCUCCCAAGACCUCAACUCCCUUCCCCCAGUUGAACCAAUCCACGACCCAACCGCCAUCUUCAGCACAGAGCGCUCUCUCUCCCUCUGGUCUCAAUUAGUAGCCCCACCACCCCUCCAGCCCCAAAACUGGGUAAAAUCUCGCAUCCGCCGACUCUUCCUCGUCUCACUCGGUGUUCCAGUAGACCUGGACGAGAUUCUCCCAGCUUCAAAACAAAAGAAGCUCAUCCUCCCUUCUAUCGAUCUUGAUUCAGGCUCAACCACGCCUGCCGCACGCUCGCGCAGCCAAGCCCGUAAAGAGGGUGAGGGAGAGGGUACUACCGAAUCCGAUUCUAACCAAAAUGGCGCGGGGCAGGCCCCUUCUCGUACCAAGGCCCGGCGUGGUGCUGCGCCUCCGCCUCAGUUGGAUCUUUCGGCUGUGCGCCGCUUGUGUGCCACUACUGAUGCUGCUUUGAAUGGAUUAACGGAUACGGAGCUCAAGGGACAUGCUCAGGAGUUGGAGGCUGUUACCUUGCGAGCUAGUGAGGUCUUGGAGUAUUGGCUUAAGCGACGGGAUGGUCUUAUUGGUGAGAAGGAGGCUUUUGAAGGGGUCAUUGAGAACCUCGUUAGUCAUGUUCGGAGGGUGAGGAAGUAA